AUGAACAACGACAUCCCCCCUGCACUCGAUCGUCGAAGAGUCGCCAUCGAGCUGACCGGACAUCUUGGCUCCCUUGGAACAUUUUCUAGAAGCCAACAGGAAGAUAGCGAAUUACAGCGCUACGGUCGAAAGAUAAUCGCCCUGACGGAGGUCGCGCGCAUCACUCUUACACGCGAGGGAGUGAAAUUGUACCUGUUCGUUCUGUGUUCAUCGACUCUCCUGCCGUUCAAAUCGGCGUACUUCAAAUUGCUGGUUUUAAUCAGACGCCGCAAGCAUGCAUUCCCUUCUGAACUUGACGGUCGGCUCUUGCUGCCUCUGUGUACCCGUCUCGUCAUAUGCUGCGGGGACGUUGACCCCCGUGCCCAACUGGGCAUCGAUGACCUGCUGGAGGUUCCCGAAACACCAACCGGGAAACGCACCACCCACCGUGCAACACCAAAAUCAGACGAAUCAGAUGUUAUGCCACCACCAGAUGCUUUCGCGAGCAAAAAAGCUAGAAUCGACCAGCUUGGGGAUUUUAUAAAGCAGCAGUCUGCGAAAAAGUCUUGUGCAGGAAAGCGUUUGGUGCCUAAGCAAUAUCCAGCCGGUGACGGUGCACAAGGGCGUCUAGUGCCCAAGCAGUAUCCAGCCGGUGAUGGUGCACAAGGACGUCUAGUGCCCAAGCAAUAUCCAGCCGGUGACGGUGCACAAUGGUGUCUAAUGCCUAAGCAAUAUCCAGCCGGUGAUGGUGCACAAGGGCGUCUAGUGCCCACGCAAUAUCCAGCCGGUGAUGGUGCACAAGGGCGUCUAGUGCCCAAGCAAUAUCCAGCCGGUGACGGUGCACGAGGGCGUCUAAUGCCUAAGCAAUAUCCAGCCGGCUAA